CGCGCGCCCCGUCACUGCUUUCGAGGACGUCACAGGAAAACGCGCUCGUGCAUUCCUGACGGUUUAAACCGCCGCUUCUCUAGACGACUACAGUCGUUACCUCACAUUCCCUCAUCCUGCCAGCGGGUGCAGGGCGAAACACUUGUGUUGUGGGUGUUGUGUUUGCCUUUUCAACAUGGCUGGGGGCAUUACAGAGACGGGGGAGCCUUACUCACCCUUUGUUGGCCUGGUGUACAUGUUUAAUCUGAUUGUUGGCACUGGAGCACUUACAAUGCCCAAAGCUUUUGCGACAGCUGGUUGGGUGGUCAGCGUGUCACUUGUCACCUUCUUGGCUUUUAUGAGUUUUAUGACCACCACAUUUGUAAUAGAAGCCAUGGCUGCUGCCAAUGCCCAGCUGCGCUGGAAGAGGAGAGAACAGGAAGAGAUCCACGACAGCGACUCCAGCUCGGACUAUUCAGACGAUGAUGUCCUUAUCCGAGGACGCUCAGACCCCAUUGAGACGCGGCCCAUUCUCUCUGUCCAACGUGCCACCAGCGCAGACCACUUUGACAUCGUUGAGAGAGUUGAGAUGGGACAAAUGGCCUCCAUGUUUUUUAAUAAAGUUGGUGUCAACAUGUUCUACAUCUGCCUGAUCGUGUACUUGUAUGGAGAUUUAGCCAUUUAUGCAGCAGCUGUACCUGUGUCUCUGAUGGAAGUGUCAUGCGGGAAUCACUCCUGCAGCGCCGGAAGUGUGAAAUACAAUGACACGGAGUCGUGCUGGGGACCCUUACGAAGAAAAGACGCCUACAGAGUGUUUCUGGCUCUCUUCACACUGCUUCUGGGGCCCUUCACCUUUUUCAAUGCACAAAAGACCAAGUACCUGCAGAUCCUCACGUCUGUCAUGAGGUGGAUUGCAUUUACCAUGAUGAUUAUCCUGGCUUUGAUUCGUAUUGGCAAGGGUCACGGCGAAGGCCGCCCACCCGUAGCACAGAUCUCAGGUGUGCCCAACCUCUUCGGGGUUUGCGUCUACUCAUUCAUGUGCCAGCACUCCCUGCCCUCGCUCGUGACGCCCAUCUCCAACAAACAGCGAAUGAGCACCUUGGUGGUCAUCGACUACAUCCUAAUUCUGUGCUUCUACGCCCUGCUGUCCUUCACAGCUAUAUUCUGUUUCGACAGCUCGUUGUUGCGUGACAUGUACACGUUAAACUUCACAGAUAACUGUGACGUUCUGGGCAUUCCUUUUUUGCGCUAUUUCCUGGGCUUGUUCCCAGUCUUCACCAUCAGCACCAACUUUCCCAUAAUAGCUGUCACGUUGCGAAAUAACUGGAAAACUCUGUUCCACCGGGAUGGUGGUACAUAUCCGUGGGUGGUGGACCGCAUUGUGUUCCCUCUUAUUACUCUGAUUCCACCAGUUAUCGUGGCUUUCUGUACACACGACCUGGAGUCACUAGUGGGCAUCACUGGGGCGUACGCCGGCACGGGCAUUCAGUACAUCAUCCCAGCAUUUCUGGUGUACUUAAGCCGGCGCCAUCUAGAACCCGUGUUCGGACGGGAUGUUGUUAAUAAGCACAGGUCUCCCUUUCGCCACACAUUUUGGGUAUGGUUUGUAGUAUUAUGGGCAACGUUCUGUUUGAUGUUUGUUACGGCUAAUAUUGUCCUCACUGAAACCAACGUCUAAAUAUGAGCGAGCUUGUCUCUGCGUGUUUUUGGUUCAAGCGUUUGCUUAUGUGGAAACAAUGAAAUUAGCUGUUUAAUUGAAUUAAUUUCAUUUAAUUGUUCAAAAGGGACCAAAUAUAGUUCUGGCAUUACUUCAGAAGAAUUGAUGUUGUUAUUGUAGUAUUUACAUACUUUAUUGUUAUAUUCAGGCGAACAUAUUUGUACACCAAAAAUUGUAUGCUUUACAGUCAUAAUAUUUAUUAAGCAAUGACAGACAAUACUGUAAAAGUUCUCUAGUCUUCCAAAACUCCGAUGAUCUCAGAUGGUCAGCACGUCACAAGUUGGCAUUUUUUAGCACCUGGAUGUCUUCUGGAGUGACUGAUGCUGAUGCGAGUGUUUGUGUGAAUGAUGUGCUCAGACCUGGAGUUCAGGCUCAGUUCAUCCGCAGAUUCAUUGACACCUUCCAAAUGUUCUUGGUGAACUGAUGUCAGGUUCUCAGAAGAGAACCCUUUGGGCAUCAGGAGAGGAAGAUGAACCUAAUAUUUGACAGAGACAUCUGCCUCCUGAUCUACAUGUUCUGUACAUGUUCUCAAUAUAUUUGUCAAUGGGUCGAUCAACUUAUUUUUUAACAUAACGAGUUAAUUCAAAUACAACUGUUGGGCAGCUGAUCUUCACCCUGCCUUGCAUAUUGCAUUUUGCAUUGAAUGAUGUUUGUUUCAUUUUGGUACCUUCGCUUUGGUUUUCAUACUUUUUAUUUAAUGUUUCCGUCUACCCUACAGAGGCCUUCAGGACAUCAUAAGUGUGUCACAAAUGUCAUGAAUUUGUUGUCAGUUUACGCUAUUUCCCUUUGUGUUUUGUCAGUGUUUGAUUUGUUGGAUCUUCAGUGAUGUCUUUGAUGUUCUAAACUGAUCGCUGCUCUCUGUGAGAGCACAGCCUCUUGAUUUACAUUUGCUCCACUUGAGGUUUCACUGGUGUUGAUUUUGAGGGAAAUAAGUCCGCGUUCACUUUUUUCAAAACAGAAGGCUGCUGUUUAGCAAUGUUUUUGCUUAUUUAAACUGCAAGAAAUUGUUAUAAAGGACAUGCAUCGAAUGUUCAUGUCUGCCUCAAGCACAAAAACACAAAUGAGAUCCAAAUUAUAUUCAUAGUAAUGUGUUCAUGUGUGUUUUUAACUAAACAAAUGUGCCUUCCUGGCAGGUACACGUUCCUGCCUUAAUCUGAAUCUCUCUCACAUUUCAAAUCUAAAGUCUUUGACAUGCAUGUAAGUCACUUCAGAUACUUGACAAUCACUGUCUAAUAAUGUCUUGGAACAAUAAACAUGAAAUCUUUUUUGA